UCAUUUUUUUUAUUUCAUUUUAUUUAUUUUCAAUUUAUUUAUUUUGCCAUGUCUUAUCUAAAAUUCUACAUUCAGGUCAUCCUGAUUGCGUUGGUGGUGAGUUUGAUCCUGAAGAAAUCAGUUGCAGUAAAUGAGGGGAAGAAGGAUAUACCUCUGACUGAAGAUGAAAAAUACCUAAAGGAAGAAAACAUAGCUCAUUAUCGAAAGAAUCUUCAACGAAAGCGUGCUCAGCAUGUGUACAAGCCUCUUCCAGAGCCCGUGGUAGAACACAUGCGCAGCAUACGGAUGAAAGAGAGGAGGAUGCAUCAAAUACUGGUGGAGCUGGCGCUCUAUGUGACCUUCACUUUGGCCCUGGUAUUUGUGACGUAUGGCCACCGAGACCCCAUGGCAUUCUAUGUAACAAAGUCUACAGAAGAUAUGUUUAUCACGGCAGAGUAUGCAGAUGGUCCAGCCUUUGGAGAGAUCAGCGAUGCUGACUCCAUGUGGGAAUACCUAGAGGAGACAUUUGUACCUUCCCUGUUCACUUCUACCUGGUACAAUGGUGACAGUGUGACAGAGAGUGACAUCCUGACAGCUGACAAGGUGUCACUCCAUGUGGGGGCAGCCAGACUCAGACAGCUGAGAGUUAAAGAUGUCUGUGAUGUGCCUACCACCUUCCAGUCCCUGAUCCACUCCUGUACAGUGAGAUAUGAAUGGGGCACUGAUGACAGCAGGGACUAUAACACCUCUUGGACACCGCUGGUCAACACAACUGACCACCCCACUGACCAGUGGACAUACCAGUCUGCUUUCAAGCUGAGGUCACUUCCAUUUGCUGGAAAACAUGGCACUUACAAUGGUGGAGGAUAUGUGAAACUCCUUGGUGACACCAGAGAUAAAAGCCUGUCUCUAGUAUUAUAUGAUAUUUUAGGUGGAGGAUAUGUGAAACUCCUUGGUGACACCAGAGAUAAAAGCCUGUCUCUAGUAUUAUAUGAUAUUUCAGGUGGAGGAUAUGUGAAACUCCUUGGUGACACCAGAGAUAAAAGCCUGUCUCUAGUAUUAUAUGAUAUUUCAGGUGGAGGAUAUGUGAAACUCCUUGGUGACACCAGAGAUAAAAGCCUGUCUCUAGUAUUAUAUGAUAUUUCAGGUGGAGGAUAUGUGAAACUCCUUGGUGACACCAGAGAUAAAAGCCUGUCUCUAGUAUUAUAUGAUAUUUCAGGUGGAGGAUAUGUGAAACUCCUUGGUGACACCAGAGAUAAAAGCCUGUCUCUAGUAUUAUAUGAUAUUUCAGGUGGAGGAUAUGUGAAACUCCUUGGUGACACCAGAGAUAAAAGCCUGUCUCUAGUAUUAUAUGAUAUUUCAGGUGGAGGAUAUGUGAAACUCCUUGGUGNAAAAAACAGUUUUCCACUUAUCGUGUUAUCGCUAAAAGUGCACGAUGGCGACGACGACAGACGCAGAUGA